UCUCUCUCAUCACUGUGCGUUUCAAAGCCAAAAAUCUUCACUGGGUCUCUCUCAAUCGAAAGUGAUAGGCCACGAAGAGCACCUUUAGUUCAACAGUCACUUGUGUUUCUUCAUUCUUGCUUCCUUUCUACUGCUCUGCAGUGGCCAGUUCUGAAUUUUGAGAUGCUGUACUUUGAGGAAUUUCUGGAUUUUGGCUUCGUCUGAUUCGUAAGGUUUCUCUCACUUCACUUGUGGGUAUGGAGUGCAUUGGCAAGUUGGAGGAAGAUGGAGGGGAAUGCAAUGGCUUGAAACAAAUUCAACAAGGCGGCUGUGAGCUAGGGUUUCAUGUAUUGUUUAUGUGAUUACAAGAUCACAAGAUUCUGUAUCUUUAAAAGAAAAGAAAAGAAAAGUGAAGCUUGAUAUGAAGCUUUCAACAUCAGGGUUGGGUCAGCAGGGACAAGAAGGAGGAGGAGGGGAGAAGAAGUGUCUGAAUUCCGAGCUAUGGCAUGCAUGCGCGGGUCCUCUUGUGUCCCUACCAAAUGCAGGGACUCGUGUGGUUUACUUCCCUCAGGGUCAUAGCGAGCAGGUUGCAGCCACGACUAACAGAGAACUUGAUGGGCACAUACCCAAUUACCCGAGCUUGCAGCCGCAGUUAAUUUGCCAACUUCAUAAUGUCACAAUGCAUGCUGAUGUCGAAACAGAUGAAGUUUAUGCUCAAAUGACACUACAGCCAUUGACUCCGCAAGAGCAGAAGGAAACAUUUCUUCCUUUGGAAUUGGGCAUUCCAAGCAAACAGCCCUCAAAUUAUUUUUGCAAGACAUUAACGGCAAGUGACACCAGCACACAUGGAGGGUUUUCUGUUCCUCGUCGUGCGGCUGAGAAAGUGUUCCCUCCACUGGAUUUCUCACAGCAACCACCUGCACAGGAACUAAUUGCUAGGGACCUCCAUGAUGUUGAGUGGAAGUUCCGACAUAUUUUUCGCGGACAGCCAAAACGACACCUUCUUACAACAGGCUGGAGUGUAUUCGUCAGUGCCAAGAGACUUGUGGCUGGAGAUUCUGUGCUAUUUAUAUGGAAUGAAAAGAAUCAGCUACUUUUAGGAAUACGUCGUGCCAGUCGGCCCCAAACUGUAAUGCCAUCUUCAGUUCUUUCAACUGAUAGUAUGCACAUUGGACUUCUUGCAGCUGCUGCUCAUGCUGCUGCAACUAAUAGCUGUUUUACAGUGUUCUAUAAUCCAAGGGCUAGUCCUUCUGAGUUUGUCAUACCACUUUCAAAAUAUGUUAAGGCUGUGUACCAUACACGUGUUUCAGUUGGCAUGCGAUUCAGGAUGCUUUUUGAGACUGAGGAAUCAAGUGUUCGCAGGUACAUGGGUACGAUAACUGGCAUAAGUGAUCUGGAUCCUGUUCGUUGGCCAAAUUCUCAUUGGCGAUCUGUCAAGGUUGGCUGGGAUGAAUCAACAGCAGGAGAUAGGCAGCCACGGGUAUCGUUAUGGGAAAUUGAGCCUUUGACAACAUUUCCAAUGUAUCCAUCACUAUUCCCUCUCAGAUUGAAGCGGCCAUGGCAUCCUGGCUCUUCAUCUUUGCAUGAUGGAAGAGAUGAAGCAGGGUUGAUGUGGCUGAGAGGUGGACCUGGAGAUCAAGGGCUCAACUCCCUCAAUUUUCAAGGUGGUGGUCUGUUGCCGUGGAUGCAGCAGAGACUAGAUCCAACUUUGCUAGGAAAUGACCAUAAUCAACAGUAUCAAGCCAUGUUGGCAGCUGGUUUGCAGAACCUAGGGAGUGGAGAUCUCUUGCGUCAGCAAAUGAUGCAUUUGCACCAACCCUUCCAUUAUCUUCAACAAUCAGGAAACCAUACUUCUCUGCAGCUUCAGCAGCAUCAAGCAAUUCAACAAUCAAUGACUUCUAAUAUCCUUCAGCCGCAAACUCAAGCGUUGUCAGAGAACCUAUCUCAGCAUCUCCUUCCAAAACCACAUAAUAAUCACGAAGACCAAGCCCAGCAGCAGCAGCAACCACAGGCUAAUUAUCAUGAAGCGUUUUUUAUUCAGGGUGAGCAGCUCCCGCAGAGGCAACACUCCCAUGCUCCUUCACCAUCAUAUUCAAAACCUGAUUUCUUUGAUUCAAGCAUAAAGUUCUCGUCAGUUUCCCCUGGACAGAACAUGCUCAGUUCACUCUGUCCUGAAGGGACUAGCAAUCUUUUCAACUUGUCCAGAAGCAGUCAGUCCAUGCUAGCUGAACAAUUACCCCAACAAUCAUGGAGUCCAAAAUAUGCACCUGUGCAGGUGAGUGCUGCUGCCUUUGGCAACUCAAUGUCACACUCACAAUAUACUGAGAAAGAUUCUGCCAUGGUGCCAUCGCACUGUAGUUCAGAUGGCCAAAAUCCUACACUCUUUGGUGUCAAUAUUGAUUCAUCUGGUCUUCUGCUCCCCACCACUGUCCCUGGUUAUUCAGCUUCUUCGGUUAGUACUGACGCAUCAACCAUGCCAUUAGGGGACUCUGGAUUCCAGGGUCCUCUAUAUAAUUGCGUGCAAGAUUCUGCAGAGUUGAUUCAGAGUUCUGGGCAAGUUGACCCGCAAAACCAUGCUCAGACAUUUGUCAAGGUCUACAAACCAGGUUCGGUUGGGCGCUCACUUGAUAUCUCUCGGUUCAGCAGCUAUCAUGAGCUGAGAGAGGAGUUGGCCCAAAUGUUUGGAAUUGAGGGGAAGUUAGAAGACCCUCUUAGAUCAGGCUGGCAGCUUGUAUUCGUCGACAGGGAGAAUGAUGUUCUUCUCCUCGGAGACGACCCGUGGGAAUCAUUCGUCAAUAAUGUAUGGUACAUCAAGAUUCUCUCACCUGAGGAUGUUAUGAAAAUGGGCGAGCAAUCGGUGGAAUCGCUUGGUCCGAGUGUGGGACAAAGGAUGAACAGCAGCACCGCAGAAUCUCAGGACCUUUCUGGCUUUCCAUCAAUGGGCUCGCUUGGAUACUGAUUCAUAUAUAUAUAUAUAUAUAUAUAAAUGCAUUUGCUUCAGGUUCCAGUGCGGCCGUGAGGAAUCUUGGAAAUUUACUGCUUCUGUUUGAACGCUAUUUGUCCACCUUGCAUGUUUAGAAUGGUUCUUUAUGUUCUGUUCCAUAUUCUACGGCUUCAUUCAUACUUUUAAGAUUUGAUGAUGAAAAAAAGUACUGUGGUGAAGAAAGUUAAGUUAGGAUGGCCUUUUGUGCCUUCAACAUGUGCACCGUAAGCUAGAUAGUGUUUCUGCUUACUGUAGCAUUUGAUCAACGUCUUGCGUGAACUCAUGUACAGUAGACAAAGCUAGAUAAGCCUAUCUUGUAUUAUGAUGCGAUCUCUAUUCUCUA